AUGUUGAGUUCAGUGAAAAUGGAAUCUCAUGAAAUUCCGGAAUGGAAUGCAUUCUACAGUGAAGCUAACGAGAUGUAUUCUUCUCAGGGUGCCAUGAAUUCAGUGAGCAGCCUGAACAGCUAUAUCAACCUCAACUCUGCCAGCUCAGGCUCUGGUAUGAACAUGGGCUACCCGAGUCCAGGACUCAACAGCAGCCCACUGACCGGCAUGAGUGGGGCAGCAAACCAUAUGAACCUUUCCCCAGUGGGAUCUUCCUUGAAUCCAGGCUCACUCACCCAGCUGAGUUCCCCAGCUUCUUCCCUGGGUCCACUCUCCCACUACCCAAGCAUGGCUCAACCCAUGUCUCAGCUAAGCUACCCUUCUCCAACAUCGCUGAACCGAGCCAAGGAGGUGCCCAAGCCCUAUCGCCGCUCACUCACCCAUGCCAAACCCCCCUACUCCUAUAUCUCCCUGAUCACCAUGGCAAUACAGCAGUCCAGCAACAAGAUGCUCACACUGAAUGAGAUCUACCAGUGGAUUAUGGAUCUGUUCCCAUACUACCGCGAAAAUCAGCAGCGCUGGCAGAACUCCAUCCGCCACUCACUGUCCUUCAACGACUGCUUUGUCAAAGUAGCCCGCUCACCUGACAAGCCAGGUAAGGGCUCCUACUGGGCCCUGCACCCCAACUCGGGCAACAUGUUCGAGAAUGGCUGCUACCUGCGCAGACAAAAGCGCUUCAAGAUUGAGGACAAGCCAGGCAAGAAGGGCUCAGGGAAGUCUCAGGAGGGUGGCAAUGCCAAAAAUGGGAAUAGUGAUGGUGUCCAGGAAGAGCACAGCCCCACCACAGGCUCUGAUGCUGCCGAUUCUGCCCACUCUGACAGUUCCCACCCUGGAUCAGCCUCUGAGGAGCAGCAGCGGAACUUGGCUCCACUGGAGUGUUCAUCUCAAACGGGCAGCCUGGCACACAAUUCCCCAGUGCCCAUCCCCUCUUCGGUGUCUUCCUCUAUGCCUCCUUCCAGCUCUCACCUGCACUCCCAGGGCAUGGGCACAAGCCCCCACUUGCUGCCAAGUCCCAUGCAGCACCUGGACUUGCAGAAUGACCCGCUGAAGUCAAUGGACCCCCACUACAAUUUUAACCACCCCUUCUCCAUCACCAACCUAAUGUCCAAUGAGCAGAAGAUGGACCUCAAGACAUACCAAGACCAGCUGAUGGCCUACAACAGCUACGCUGCUUCCUCGCCUGUACCCACCAAACAAAUCUAUGAUAGUGCAGGUCCCUCAGCCAUCGACUCAGGGGCCUACUACCAAACCCUGUACAGCAGGUCUGUCCUCAAUGCAUCCUAACCUUAUCUGUAGGUCUAACAGAGCUGAGAGGAGUGAUAAUUAGACAUCUCCAGAAACUCUGUGCCUGCCUUCUCGGGCACACUCUGAAAAUCCUAUGAGACUCUGGGUGCAUGGUGCCAUCAAAGCCACAUGGUGUUGCUCCUUCUGGAAGAAAACCCCCUGAACAGCCUUAGGCUUAGGCUGUAUUGAUUUGGUGCAAGUAUGUAGAUAUGUCCCUGUACAAAGGGUGA